AUGAAGAAAGCAAAGAAGGUUCUUCCUUCCCCCACAGACUUGUGGGAACCGGUUAAAGACCGAUCUUCUACUCCUAGGGUAGACAAGAAUGAAGAAACAAACAGAUACCUUCGUAAUAUGCAGGAUUCCAUCACUUCUCUGCAAGAAGUUUCAUCAGCCAAUGAGGAAAAGACAAAGGAAAAACAUCUUGCUAACAUACAGACAAAGAAAAAUCGCUCAAGUAUUAUUACAGAAUAUCGUAAUAUAGAGUCAGUAGUUAGUGAAGAGAAAGGGGAGGGUUGCUUACGUAAGAAUUACGACUUACAAAUAACUUUCAUUGAAUUUGUAAAAAGUAAUCCAGAACCAGCUUUGGCUCCCGGACGUAGGAGGGAUCACUUUAACCAGAAUCUUCCAUUUGGUCUUAAACCUAGUCCAAGUUUUGGUCUUUUCUCUGUCAUGCAAACACAGAGUUUAACUAGUGUCAUUAACCUUUCAUGCAACAUAGAAAUGGUCAACUACACCUUCCUGUUUGCUACAGUCUAUAAAGCUUUGGACAUAGAAACAAAACAGAUUGUUGCUGUGAAAAAGAUUAAACUGGGUAGUAGAGAAGAAGCACGGGAUGGUAUAAAUCGCACAGCUUUAAGAGAAAUAAAACUCCUGCAAGAAGUCCAUCAUCCAAAUCUAAUUGGUCUUUUGGAUGUUUUUGGAUACAAGUCCAAUGUUCACCUUGUCUUUGACUUCAUGGAUACUGACUUAGAGGUCAUUAUCAAGGAUACUGAACACAUCAUUCUAACUCCUGCAAAUAUCAAAGCUUAUAUAAUACAGACAUUACGUGGCCUUGAGUACUUACAUCUUCAUUGGAUCCUUCACAGGGAUUUGAAGCCAAAUAACUUACUAGUCAAUUGUGAAGGUAUAUUGAAGAUCGGUGAUUUUGGUCUGGCACGAUUCUUUGGCUCACCUAAUAGACAGUAUUCACAUCAAGUAGUAACGAGGUGGUAUCGAAGUCCUGAGCUGUUGUUUGGGGCACGGUCUUAUGGAACUGGUGUUGACAUGUGGGCCGUAGGUUGUAUUCUAGCUGAGAUGCUGGUUCGCUGCCCAUAUUUUCCUGGAGACUCUGAUUUAGAUCAGCUUACGAGGAUUUUCACUGCCUUAGGUACACCUACAGAAGAAAAUUGGAAGGAUUUAACAAAGUUACCUGAUUUUGUAGCUUUCAAGCACUUUGAAGGUUCUCCACUAAGAGAUUUAUUUCCAGCAGCUAGAGAAGAUUUACUGGAGCUGCUUGGGUCAUUGUUAAUGAUUAAUCCUUUAAAAAGGUGUAAUUGUACACAGGCAUUAAAGAUGGCUUAUUUCAGUAACAGUCCGGCGCCAACACCUGGACCUUUGUUACCUCUUCCACCAUCAAUACGCAAAAAGACGGAAUCAGAGAAGCCCAGUCUGAAGCGAAAAAUAAUGGAAGAAUCAGGUUUUGGAGGGUCUCUAGCCAAAAAGCUGCAGUUUUGAAGUUGUGAAGAAAAAGAAAAAAUACUAAACUGAAAAGGUAGAAAAAAUACUUAACUGAAAAAUAUUGUUCUUCAGUUUAUAAGUGAUGAAGACUGUAGAGCAAAUUUUACCAUUUAUGGUGUUUUGUUUCAUAGUAAAAUAUAUUUUUAUAUUGUAAGUUUCACUUGGGAAAUUAAAUAAUAUUGGAUCAAUAAUCUUUGUAACCUUUCUAUCAACUCUUAACUUCACUAUACUGAAAAUGAUUACUGUUGGUAAAAAAUUAUUUAUACAAACGUGUCAAGGGUUUGUAUGGUUAAACACUCAUGUUUGAAUACAGUUAGAUGAAUGAAUUCAUUCUACCACGACUAUUACUAAUAAUAAUGAUAAAAAAAAUU